CUACCAGAUUUUCUCCUAUGCCUUCUCUUCACUUCUCAUCCUCCACUGAUUUUCAGUGAAUUACGGAAUCAUUAUACUCUGAAAGGAGCUUAAUUAAAGGUUGCUUACCUGUACCACUAUUCAAUCAGAAAAAAAGAAGCAGGCAGCCACUAACUUCAAAUCCACUUAAAAAUGAUCCAAGUCCUAGUACCACACCUGAAAAUUAUGAUUUUCCUCCUCUACCAUCAGAUUUUGCUUGGGAAGAGAUGAAGCAUCAGGGGCCACAGUUAAAGCAAGGAAUGAACUCUGGAUUCAAAGAAGAUGAUAGAAAUAUCAGCACCAACUCCUGGAAUAGAUAUGAGUUUAAUCCUCUGGGCAGAGCAACAGAUUUAAUGGCUGCCAGUAGUAUAGUUCCUGGUCAGACAAAGCAUUUGGAAGUUAAACCUUAUCAGAAACAACUGGAAUAUCUUAAAUUAUCUCAACAAAAGGAGACAGCACUACCUAGACAAAUGUAUUCAUCAAAAACACAGUGGUCAGAGUUCAGCACCAAAAUAAGACAACUAGAGAAUACUAGCUCAGUGCAAGCAUUUAAAUACAAUAGUCAACUAAGUCAAUAUAAUAAAAAAGCAUUUGGUGACAUUUCAGAGGAAAAAACAAUGAAGACAGUUCCAACUGUUCAGUUGAAACUUAAAGAAAAAGACAAUUCUCUACGAAUCAUAUCUGCAGUUAUUGAAAGUGUGAAGUACUGGAGUGGCUAUACAUACAAAACUGUACUGCUUUUUGAAGUUUUGGGUACUCUUGAUUCUGCAGUCACUCCUGGUGAUUAUGGUGCAAAGACUUUUCUUUUGAGAGACGGAAGAAACACUCUGCCAUGUAUAUUUUAUGAAAUAGAUCGUGAACUUCCAAGACUAAUUAGAGGCAAAGUUCAUAGGUGCGUGGGAAACUAUGACAAAAAAAGAAACAUUUUCAAGUGUGUCUCUGUAAGACCUGCAUCUGUUCCUGAACAAAAAGCCUUCCAGGAAUUUGUUAAAAUUUCAGAUUCUGAGAUGAGACGUUGCAUAAGAACAGUGAAUGAAGUGUAAAGAGAGGUGUUAAUUUAAGCAGAAACCAACUACAUGUAUUAUUUUUAUGAGUUAUUAAAAGCCAAUACGGCAAAUCUUAAUACACUGUUAAUGAUGCUUCUUAAGAAAUUUUAAGUAGUUUUUGUGUUGACUAAAAGAAGGGCUUCCUAUGUGUUAUUGCUGAGGUGGAUAUGUAUUCCCUCAUAUCUUCUUUAAGUGAAUAA